GGACGGGUCAAGGGGCACCAUUCUUGUGGGGACACACAACAGGCCUUCUACAGGGCUUUUUGAAUCUUUCACAGCAAGAAACUGCCAAAUGAUCAGCUGCUUCUACUACAACUUCCAUCCAGGGGGAUGACUCCCUUCAAAGAUUCUUGAGGAACCCAUGAAACAGGGCAGAGCGUGGCAAGGAAAUAGGCCGCAUGGGAUCCACUUGGCCUGGUUACCAUCCUCGCGUCUCCAGCCUCGCUUUUGUUUAUUUCCACUGUCAAGCUAUACCCGAAACGAGACUCGGACGAAUGACACUAGAAAACAACGCUAAACGUGAACAGUUUGUGGGAUUUCCUCAGCAGCAGCAAGGCCUCGUGAGCCUAGGCCGCGCGAGCCCCGCCCCUUACGCCACACGCAUGACGUCACGCCGCAAGCCCCCCCCAGCGGGCGGGGUUUGGGCCUCUAGGGCUUUCGCGCCUCUCGCUGUACGUCACUGCGUGCGUAAGCGCCGAGCUUUCAAAAUGCAGCGGGAAUUGGUGGGUUUUCCGCUGUCUCCCGCGGUGCGCGUGAAGUUGGUGGCAGCGGGUUUUCAGACUGCCGAGGACGUCCUGGAGGUGAAGCCCUCCGAGCUCAGCAAAGAAGUUGGGAUAUCUAAAGAGGAAGCCUUGGAAACUCUACAAAUUCUAAGAAGAGACUGUCUCACAAAUAAACCAAGAUGUGCUGGUACAUCUGUGGCAAACAAGAAGUGCACAGCACUGGAACUUCUAGAGCAAGAGCAUACCCAGGGCUUCAUAAUCACCUUCUGUUCAGCACUCGAUAACAUUCUUGGGGGUGGAAUACCCCUAAUGAAAACCACAGAAGUUUGUGGUGUACCAGGUGUUGGAAAAACACAGUUAUGUAUGCAAUUGGCAGUAGAUGUGCAGAUCCCAGAAUGUUUUGGAGGAGUGGCUGGUGAGGCGGUGUUUAUUGAUACAGAGGGAAGUUUUAUGGUUGAUAGAAUGGUAAGCCUGGCAACUGCCUGCAUUCAGCACCUUCAUCUCAUAGCAGGAGCACACAUGGAAGAAGAACAUCAGAAAGCCUUGAAGGAUUUUACUCUUGAAAAUAUUCUUUCCCAUAUUUACUAUUUUCGUUGUCAUGAUUACACUGAGCUGCUGGCACAAGUCUAUCUUCUUCCAGACUUCCUUUCAGAUCAUUCAAAGGUGCAGUUAGUGAUAAUAGACGGAAUUGCUUUUCCCUUUCGUCAUGACCUUGAUGAUCUGUCCCUUCGUACUCGAUUACUAAAUGGCCUUGCCCAACAAAUGAUCAGCCUCGCAAAUAAUCACAGAUUAGCUGUUAUUUUAACUAAUCAGAUGACAACAAGGAUUGAUAAAAAUCAAGCUUUGCUUGUUCCUGCAUUAGGGGAAAGCUGGGGACAUGCUGCUACAAUAAGGCUAAUUUUUCACUGGGAACAAAAGCAAAGAUUUGCAACAUUGUACAAGUCACCAAGCCAGAAGGAGUCCACAAUACCAUUUCAGAUCACACCUCAGGGAUUUAGAGAUGCUGUUGUCACUGCUGCCUCAUCACAGAGAGAAAGUUCUUUGAAUUUUCGGAAACGGCCACGAGAACCAGAAGAAGAAUGCUGACCAAAUACUAAUAUCAGUGCAUCCAGAUAACUGAUGAUGUGCUAUUCAGUGUGGUAUGUAUGCAUGCAUGCAUGCAUGUACACUGUGUGUGUGCUGGUGCCUACAAAAGCAAGCUGAAGGUGAUGGAUCUCAUGGAACUGGAGUUACAAGUAAAACUGAACCACCAUGGAGGUGCUAGGAACCAGACCCUAGUCCUGCAAGAACCAAAAAUGUUCCUAACUGCAGAGCCAUCUCUCCAGCUCCUCCACCCUGACUCAGGCAGGUUUCUUCUUUUGUCUCUUCAACCUCCAGGUCCUCAUACUGUGGCUACUUUUGAUUUUGCCUCCUUUCUCACUAGGAACAUUGGGAUACUGGUGUGUAGCAACAGGUGUGGGCUCUGGUAAUUGAACUCAGGUUGUCAGGCUUACAUAGCAAGUCCUUUUAUCCACUGAGCAUCUUUCCAGGCCUUCCACCUUAAAUUUUAAGAAAAAAUCUCUUACUGAACAUGGGGCUCACUGACUUAGAGAGCCACCUGUCGACCACCCAGCACCAAGAUGCACAGAUAUGCUGUACUAGCUUUUAUAUGCUGUUCUCAUGCCUGCAUGUCAGGUGCUUUGCCACAGAGCCAUUUCCCUAGCUCCUGAAAAGAUUUUCUGAAGCACUGUUCUAUAAUUAUAUUUUAAUGUGUUUUUAUUUUGAGAAAUGUGGAAAGCUGAUCUUAUGUUACCUAUCUGGAUUUACCACCCAGAGUAGAAAAUUUCUUUGUCAAUUGCCUAAAAAAAUAAUAGAAAUAAAACACUAUAAUACAUUUUAAGUGUGUGUGUAAUAUGUGUCUGUGUGUUGCCAACUAUGUGGAGGUCUUCAAAGCCUCGAAGAGGGCAUCAAGUCCCCAGCACUGGACUUAUGUGUGGUUGGCUGCCAGAGAUGGGUUCUUAAGAAAUAAAUGCUGAGUCAUGUCCCAUCCUAUCUUAAUAUUCUUACUUAUUCUUAAAUGUAGCUUUGGGGGCCUAGAGAGAGGAGCACUUGUUGCUUGAAAGAUCUGGAUCAGUUACCAGCACCCAGUAACUCCAGUUCCAGAGGAUCUGUCCUCCAUGGACACUUAAGCAUGUAUGUGGUAUACAUACAUACAUGUAGGCAAAACAAACAAAUAUGAAAUAAAAUUAAAAAUAAACAAAUAUAGCUUUGAAAAGAAUUAGCAUAUCACUAGUUAGUUGGGUUGGUGGUUUGGUCUGCCGACUCCUGGUCUACAUGUCUGCCUUGCUGCUGGGUUGCCCAGAGCACCUCCUGCAAACCAUUGUUGGAGGCAGAACACAGUCUGUAAUGGGGGUUGAAGGUCUGUGUCUCCCCUUGGUGUCUAUACACCAGGGGAAGGCUGAGCCCUAAAGAGGGGCAGAAGCCAGUUUGGUUCCAAGUCAGUGCCAAGAGUAUGGGAGGGGCUAGAAGAGGAGGCCUUCUGAGGAUUGAGGCCUAACUAUGCCCCUCCCCGCACUGUGAUCCUUGAUGAAGGGAUGGUCCUUGCUUGUCCAAACUGUUUUCUUUGAUGGAUGUGAAUGCAUACACCUUACUCAGGGUGAACCAGGGGUUACUACCUUUUGCAGGAAGAAACGCCCAAGAAGGGAAACUAAUCAGCCUAAUACUCAAGGCCUAUGUAGAUACCUCAUUAGAAUGGAGAACUCCAGGUUCUUAUGCUAUGUGACUGAUUGGUAUUAUGAUUACAUGUUCCAGAACAGAU